AUGAGGAGGCAAAAUCACGCAUCAGCAAAGUUGCUGCUUUUACUAUGCUUAGCAUGCUGGGCUCCAAUGGCGCAAGGCAGAAUCUCUGCUUGGCAUGCCAAUCCAACUAAUGAGGACGAUGGGAAUGAUAAUGAUUCAACUGCCUAUUCGAGAAAAUCUUCAAUAUCUGCUGCCACUCCAUCUAUUCUGAAACGAGUUCCAUCAUCAAAACAACAACAACAACAACAACAACAACAACAACAACAACAACAACAAUCACCGCCAUCCUACAAAUCCAAACAAAAGUCCAAUCGCUUUUCGGCACCCACCGCACCGCGAAAGCCAGCUUCCAAGAGCCGCGCAGGCGAGACGGAAGAAGAGGCUCAAAGGCGACGGAUGUGGCACACUGGUCCUACCUUUAUAGAUGGAGUGGAAUGCAUGUACGUCCAUAAUUAUCACCCCCCAGUGAAGCAGUAUCAUGCGCCAGUACAGCAGCAUCAUGCUCCAGUAGGAAAAGGCAAGGGUGGAAGUAGCUCCGAGUACUACUACUAUGAGUCUGGCAAAGGAAAGGGAAAGGGCGGAAGCUCCGAAUACUAUUAUUACUCUGGCAAAGGAAAAGGUGGCAGUAGUAGUGGUAGUAAGAAAUCAGGAAGCAAACGCCGCAAUCUUUCCUCUGCGUCUUCUUAUGGCGGGUACGCCAGCACCAAGAAGAACCAACAACGACGAAGGGAUUUGGACGACGAUGGCUGGCAAUCGGAAAGGAGGGACGGCGGCGACGAUGAUGACUGGCGAAAGGAUCAUGAUGGCAAGGACAUGACUGGAAAUGCCAAAAGCAAGCGCAAGCUUCGCCGCUAUGUCGAUCCCCAUCACUACUAUUCUCCGAGUGAUCACACCUACUUCACUCCCUAUGGUGAUGGAACCCCUUAUCAUGGUGGAUAUCAUGGUACUACUGGCUACAUUUGUCGGUUCAUUGACAUUUAUGCGGACGAGUUCAGCUUUAUUGAGAGCUUUACGUUCAGUAUCAUUGAGAGCUUUACGUUCAGUAUCAUUGACAGUUUCACCUUUAGUAUUGUGGAGAGCUUUACAUUCAGUAUCAUUGAGAGUUUCACAUUUAGUUUUAGGGAAAGUUUCAGUUUCAUUUUCAUUGACGAUGAACUCAUCUCCGAGGCACCCUCCGAGGCUCCCUCCACCCAGUUCAAUGCCAUUGCUCAAACCCGAGGUAUUCCCUUUAUUGGCGAACAUCCUGAUGAUGUUGAUCACCAGUCGAUGGCGAUUGGAGAUAUCAAUGUGAAACACAUUGGCAGUGGAAAACCUCCCGUACCGGGCCCCACCGUCAGCAUGGUCCCAUCUCAGAUUCCUUCGAGCGCCCCUUCCAUCAGUGUUGAACCUUCCCCCAAACCAUCGCCUCCACCGACACCAACGCCGCCACCGACUUCCGAGAUUGAUGAGGAAGGAAACCGAUUCAUUGGCAUUAAAUAUGAAGGGGGAUAG